AUGGGUGACACUCCAUCCCCAGCUGCCCUUUCUCUCUUCCAUGAGGAUGCCGCACAAUGGAACAGAGAUAUGAUGCGCGCGUUCCAGGCAGAACUCAAAACGAACCCUGAGGCCGACUUGAUGUCAAUGUUCUCAGACGCAUAUCGCCAGGAACACCGAAAUGCCCAAUACCGGCAACUAUCAUACGCGGGCCGUGUCAAUUUACGAACGCUGCAUGAACUUGAAUCCAUGCUCAAGAACGAGCCCGAGAUGAACUUGCUGUCUCGGUUUCCAAAAAAUUACAACCGCCGAAUUACAAUGGCCACUGGACCGAAGGCUCCUGAAAAAGAGCCUUCUCCUGUGCCGGAGCCGGACUUCCGCAACCGUCUGGACCUUGCUGAGACGGCCACGGUCGUCUUCCCUUUAUCCGAGAAGGUGGCUGCUCUACUAGCGCAAUACACAGCAGGAUCAUUGAACAACGACACUAGUGACUCAGAGAAAGAAUUGGCCGGGUCUCUAAAACGACUCCUUUGGGACUCUCCAAAACUAUGGCAGAGCCGCAUCAGAGGCGUGGUGGUCAAAUGCAAUGAGGACAUUGUCGCAAAGGUCAUUUGGGGAAAUGAAGAUUACACCGAGCAUACAAGUAUGCAAUUCCUGGCUGAGCGAGCGCCUGAUGUUCCUGCUCCGAGAGCUCAUGGCUUCAUCAAAUUAGGUCCUUUUCGUGUUAUUUUUAUGUCCUACAUCCCAGGCACAACGUUGGCCGAACAACUGGACGACAUAUUCCGCCGAUUACGAUGUCUUCGACAAGACGAUGGAGAGACACUUGGAGGAGUGUGUGGCGAAGGGGCCAAAGAUUAUCCCGCGUACCAUUCCGCUCUAUUCAGAGAUGUCACCACCGCGACAGAGUUCAGCGACUUGCAGUUCUCGGCCCAGCACCAUGGCAGCAAUACAUACGUCGCGUUGCUACGCUCCCUUCUGGCGCAAGAUUAUGGUUCGGUUUUCUCACAUGGCGAUCUUCGGACGGCCAAUAUUAUUGUCAAAAGAGACCCAAGUGAUAACGGCCACUACAUUGUGGCUGGCAUCAUUGACUGGGAGGACAGCGGAUUCUAUCCAGCGUACUAUGAGUAUACUACUAUGACAAGUCGCUUGAGUCUGGUGGACGAUGAUGACUGGUUUCUGUACUUGCCCCCAAGCAUUCACCUGCAAGUUUUCCUGUUCGUUUUCUAG